AUGUUUUUAUAUUUAAUAGCAGUAUUAAUAAUAGCGUUCUAUUAUUAUGGGACCAGGAAUUUUAAAUAUUGGGAAAAGCAAGGAGUCAAAUACGAAAAACCUUUAUUUUUGGUUGGCAGUAAUUUGAAACAGUUUAUCGAUAAAGUCAGUGUGUCUGAGCGUUUCGCUGCUUUUUAUCGAGAAUACCCAAAUGAAAGAUUUGUCGGGUUCUUCGAGGGUAAUACCCCUGCGUUACUUAUCCGAGAUCCUGAGCUUAUUAAACGCGUGCUUAUCACGGAUUUCCGUUACUUUCACUACAGAGGACUACACCCUCACAAGACGGAGAUAGAACCUUUGAUGAGAAACCUCUUCACUGCAGAUGGCGACAUAUGGAAGUUAAUGAGGCAGAAACUAACACCGACAUUCUCGAGCGGUAAACUAAAGGCCAUGUUUCCUCUUAUCAUUGAGAGAACUGAAAAAUUAGAAAAAAUUGCAGAUGAUUUGGCUGAAACAGGUAAUGAGGUAGACAUACGAGAGUUAAUGGCGAGAUACACGACUGACUUUAUUGGUGCUUGCGGCUUCGGUAUAGAUUCACUAGCUUUAAACGAAGAGAACUCAGAUUUUCGAAAACUUGGCAAGCGUAUCUUCACAACCACGAAACGUGACCACUUUGUAUCAUUAUUAAAGAGAAUGGCACCAGAAAUUUUUAAGCAUUUGCAUUUUUUUCAUCCAGAGGUUGAAGCAAAAACCAUAUCGAUUAUUAGACAAAUUAUGUCCGCGAGGAAUUAUAAACCAUCUGGUAGGAACGAUUUUGUUGAUAUGAUGUUGGAAUUAAAAGAAAAGGGUAAAAUUGUUGGUGAAUCUAUGGAAAAGCGGAAUGCUGAUGGUACACCGAAAAUUGUGGAAUUGGAGCUCGAUGAACAACUGUUGGCUGCUCAAGUAUUCAUAUUCUUCGCUGCUGGAUUUGAAACUUCAUCCUCAGCUAGCAGUUUCCUUCUUCACAUGCUGGCAUAUCAUCCAGAAGUACAAGAGCGUUGUCAGAAGGAAGUUGACGAAGUUCUGGAGAAGUACAAUGGAAAACUUUGCUUCGAAGCUGUAAAGGAUAUGAAGUAUUUGGAAAUGGCUUUGAAAGAGAGUAUGCGCUGUUUGCCAUCACCCGGCUUCCUUAUCCGGAAAGCUGUUUCCAAAUACACAAUACCAGACACAAAUGUCACUUUGGACGCAGAUAGCCUCGUUAUAAUAUCGACUGAGGGCAUGGCCUCCGAUCCGAAGUACUUUAGAGACCCAGAGGCGUUCAUUCCUGAGAGAUUUCAUCCGGAUAACAUUGAUAAGAUACAGAAGUGCACUUUCAUGCCCUUUGGUGAUGGUCCCAGGUCUUGCAUAGGUGAACGUAUGGGUAUUAUGCAGUCGUUGGCGGGUGUGGCAACCAUUUUGAAGAAAUUCACAGUAACUCCAUCUGCAAAUAGUAUCCGAAAACCUCGGAUUGACCCUAAUUCUCUUAUAGUUCAGAUUAUUGUUGGAGGCUUGCCGCUAGCUCUUAAGCGAAGAGAGAAAGUCAAUUGAAAUAAAUCAUUAGAAACCCUU